AUGCCGAAGGAUCUGCUUGAGAAACAAGUUUUGGGUUUCAAACAUGCGCUAACUAGUAGACUGCUUCUGAAUAAAGGAACUAAACCGAAGCCUGCAAUGAUGCUUAAGAAGGAGUUACAGGAUCUGUGGGGGAUUUCGCCCAAUUGGAAGCUAAUACCUUUAGGCAAAGGUUACUACACGUUUGUUUUCCAGAACGAUACGGACAAGGCGUUGGCUAAAUCUAAAUAUGUUUGGGAAGUGAUCAAUGGACAUCUUCGUGUUCGGGAAUGGUCGAGGAAUUUUGAUCCUUUUAAGGAACAUUCUUCUUUGGCGAAUGUUUGGGUGCGGAUUCAUUAUUUGCCUAUUGAAUAUUGGCAUGAGGAGGUUAUUGCUGGAGUGGCGAGAUAUGUCGAUCAUCCCAUACGCAUCGACGGAGCUUCAACGACAAGGGAUUUUGGGCAGUUUGCUCGUGUUCUAGUUGAACUAAAUAUGGCUAAACCCUUACCUAAUACUCUUCUUUUUGAUGCUGAUGAUCAUGCUUUCCAUAUUGAGUUUUCUUAUGAACAGUUGCCUCAUUAUUGUCCCAGGUGUAAAAUCAUGGGACACUCUCCUGACAAAUGUCAGAAAAUAAAGCCUACGCAGGUCAAAGAAAGGAGGAUGGAGGUUGCUGCCACUUCUAAACAAAAACAAUGGCAGGAGAUUCCGGAAAACGCCCAGGAUAAGGGUGAUUCGGAGCAGCCUGAGGGCACUUCUGAUCCGCAACCGCUGGAGCAACAAAAUGCCACGAGGCAGGAGAAUAUUCAGAAUAUUCAGAAUGAAAGACGUUUGUCGGGGUCAGAACUUCUGGAGAUUAUAACUAAACCUGUGCACACGCCUGUCUACGAUAAUCCUCUUAGAGAGUAUGUUUCUGAGAGCUCUGAGGAAGAUGAAACUAUUAUAGCAGAUGAAAGAUCUCAUAUUUCAUGUGAAAAACCCGAAGUUAUCGCUAUGGAGAACGCGAUGAAAGCUCAACGUCUGGAGCAGAUCUUGGCUAUUGCGCAGGCUCCUAUAUCUACGGAGGUUAAGGCAACUAAACGGGGGCACGGCAGACCACCUAAACAGGAUACUUAA